AGACGAUGAACACGUGGGAGUGUGAUGCUGAGGAGAGGCUCUCGGAGACUCUGACUUCCCCGCUGUGCUGAGGCAGCUGCUGCCCUUGAUGAAGCCCCGCGGCGGCGGCGAGGACGGCUCGGGGUCGAGGUCCGGGGAGGAUGAGUGCGGGCCGGACGAGCUGAUCCUCCUGCUGGUCUACCUGUACUCCCUGGCUGAGGAGGCGCAGCCCGCGGGCCAGGAGGGGGAGGAGCUAGAGAAGCUGGAGAGGGAGCUGAUUGGAGCGCUCACGCUGGUCGUCACCCGGGAGACCGAGCUCAGCCCCCUGCUGCAGAAACUCACCGGUUGUGCGAGCCCCGAGGAGCUGACCAUGGAGAGGGCCCAUUCGGCCGUGGGCGACAUGUUCGAGACCCUCCGAGGUUUGAGCCACACCAGAGACCACCUGAAGCAGCUGCGCUCCGUCUACACGGCCAGCGACGGAGUUCACCAGGCCACAUAUCGUCCGUUCCUGCGGCAGAUCCUGGAGGAGGUCUUCCACCCGGACCGGCCUGAGUGCCCCGACAUCGAGCACACGUCCGGAGGCCUCACCGACCUGCUGAAGACCGGCUUCAGCAUGUUCAUGAAGGUGAGUCGUCCGCAUCCCAGCGACAACCCUUUGCUCCUCCUCUUCCUGGUGGGCGGAGUCACGCCUUCAGAGCUGCGUCUCAUCCGAGAGGUCGUCGCGACGCACAAACCCAGCGCUCAGGUGCUGGUUCUGUCCACCAGACUACUGCGGCCCACGGACGUCCCCGAGCUGCUCUUCCCCACCCGGAGGCUGCCGGGCGGCUCCGCCUAAAGAAACGCCAUCGUGUGCAAAAGAUGCACGUGGAUGAGAGGCGGCGGGCGGCGGGGGGGGCGGGGACACAUGCGGCGCCUCGACGCCUCGCCGGGCUGCGAGCCGAGGAGAAACAUUCCCAUCCUGCUCGUGUGUUCGAUGCCACGAGGUUCAUGAUAGAAAAUUAGAACCGGAAAAGGGGUUUUAAAAAUAAACUGAAAUCUGUCAAAAAGAAAUACGAAUAAAUCUGUUCAAUCGCG